CCUUCACCCUGCUCCCCCCACAGGUCCCCAAGCUGCACAGUAUUGAGGACACUGAACGCUACCUGGCCGUGGUGAACCAGUUUGCCUUUGUGACGUGUGACUGUGUGGUGGCUGUGCAGGGCAUCACUCUCAGCCCCCUUGCCCUGGUGAUGGAGUACCUGCCCCUGGGACCCCUCGACAAGUAUCUGCAGGAGCACCACACAUCUUUGAAGGAGGUGGACUUGGUGGAGGCAGCGACCCACCUUGCCCGGGCGCUGUGGUACCUCAACGUGGAGGACAUCCACCACAACAACAUCCGCUGCCACAACAUAAUGGUGGUGGAGCACACUGACCGGAGCUUCAAGGUGAAGCUGAGUGACCCUGGGCUGGUGAGAUACGACCACCGCGACCUGCACUGGAUCCCCAGAGAGUACCACAUCCAGCCGCCCCUCGCCCUGCACGACCCUACCACCGACAUCUGGGCCUUUAGUACCACACUUUGGCAGAUCUUCUCCCUCGGAGCAACACCACUACCAGGUGCUGACAUGGAAGAGGUUCGGAACUUGUAUGCCACAGGGCUCGUUCUGCCACGUCCUGACAGGUGCCCCAAUGAUCUCUAUCAGGUGAUGCUGCGCUGCUGGUCCCCGGAUCCCCAGGCCAGGCGCCAACCCCAGGCUGUCAUGAGAGAUGUGAACCAGAUCCUGUACCAGGUGUUCAACUCUCGGCAGAAGCACGCCUACCAGACCAUCUACUCAGAGGACACAGAAUCUAGACAGCAGAACGGCGAGGCAGAGAGCAGCGUCAAGGUGGCCGAGGAAGACACCACCUCAGUCACCACCCAGCUCACCACCCUGACGUACGCCGAUGGCUCCGUGGCGCAGGUGACCCUCAGCCAGCUGCCGGAUCUAAUGGUGGAUGACCUCAUCUCCCUCAACACCCCAGAGUUUCAGCCACUACACAUUUACGAGAUGGGAACGGCCUUCUCCCUCCCUGUCUCCUCCCAAGCCAGGAACGUGAAGCCCCUGGAUGUGCUGCUUCAGUUCUCAUUGCCGUCGCCUCGCCUGCCGCCCCUCCCCGCCCUCCCCACCAAGCCACUGCACCUUGACAAGUCCGACAUCAAGUUUGGCAUCAAGAUUGGCGAGGGUAACUACGGGGAGGUGUACCGUGGCCAAAUGACGGAUGCUCAGGGGCGGCAGGAGACGGUGGCCAUCAAGUCCCUGAAGGCUGUGGGGCAGACUGACGACCUUAAGAGGGAGUUCAGGAUCAUGCAGAAACUGAAGCACCGCAACAUAGUGAGGCUGUGUGGACUGGUGGACUCAGACGAGGAGGACAUGUAUGUGGUGAUGGAGUACCUGCCCAUGGGUUCCCUCAAGGACUACCUCAAGACCCACCGUGAGCACAUCAACAAUGCCAUGCUACUCAAGUUUGCUGUGGACAUUGCUGAGGGGAUGGAUUACUUGGAACAGUCUCGUGUCAUCCACCGGGACUUGGCAGCGCGCAACAUCCUCGUGGCCGACCAGCACACCGUCAAGAUCACCGACUUUGGGCUGGCGCAAGAACCUAAUAAAGGGAACUACUACAUCAGGCAGACCAAUCGUGCCUUGCCCCUGUCCUGGUAUGCUAUAGAGUGCAUCGAGACGGGCAAGUUCUCACACAAGAGUGAUGUGUGGUCCUAUGGGGUGACCUGCUGGGAGAUGUUUACCCGUGGGCAGGAGCCGGAUCUUCCCCAGAAGCCUGAGACUCUUAUACAGAUGCUGAAGAUUGGCAAGCGUCUGAACCUGAAGCCACCGUGUCACCCGACUAUCUACGCUGAGCUGAUCAGGCCGUGCUGGGACCAGGAGCCUGAGGUGCGGCCUAACUUCUCUGCACUCAUCCAGCAAGUGAAGGAGCUGCAGGAGGAGGACCUGUGAUGACUGUGUGUGUGUGUGUGUGUGUGUGUGUGUGUGUGUGUGUGUGUGUGUGUGUGUGUGUGUGUGUGUGUGGGAUUCUGAUGUUCACAUGUAUGUUUUUGUGUCAUACAAUCACAGAUAUAAUUGCCCAUUACUCCAGCAAGUGUUGAUCAAGAUUCACACAGCUGGCCCAUCAGGCGAGACCUCAUAGCAACCUUGACCUUCACAGCACCACAGCCUUCACACAGUGACAGGCUUUGUUCUGCAUGAUGCAAGACAAGUUGUGUGCCAUCUUGAUCAAUUGCCAAAUUAAUCCAGAAUAUUUUAUCUUUUCACAUAAUCUGCUUAAUAAUCGAGCUUCUCCCAAGGUGCAGAGGUUAGUGGAGUUGUUAGUGUAAGAAAAUGAGUAGUGGUGGUAACUGACUCCAGUAUUUUGACAGUUUAUUUUAUUCAUUCUUUUGCAAGGGAGCUGUCAGAACAUUCAGACAGGGAAAAGUAUUGCUGCCUUCUAAUAUUUUCCUGCCAAUUCCACCCAUUUUUAAUUCCAUAAGUUUACUAGAGGGAGGGAGAGAUGCUGCUUUGUCUCAUGUCCGGAUGAAGAAAUUGCAUAAUCCCUUCAAAGUAGAGGAAAGUGUGUGAAAUUUAGUCCGUCUCUGUGGCAGUCCGUCUGUGUUAGCUUUGGGCAUUGAGUACAUUGUAUCAGUAUUUAGCAUUGAUAAGUUAAGCAGUAUUUUGUAUUAGCAUAUUUUCCAGUACACUGCAGAUGUGAGCUCUGGGAAAGCCUACAGAGGGUACUUAAGUUUUAUCUCUGCUCUGAUGUGGGAAUAUGAUUGUAUGUGUGUGUGUGUGCGUGCGUUUGUUUGUGUGUGUAUUGGUGUGUGUUGAGUGCCCCUCUCUGCAUGGAUGUCAACUUCAUGUGUAGAUUGAUAGAUAUCAGAAUUAUUAUUGUUACUUUUUAAUUAUAGGGUGCACAGUUGUGAUGAGCAACUGUGGUUUGUAAAAACAUACUGUAGGGGGAUGUACUGUGGGUUUGUGGGCUGUGGUGAUGUGUGUGUGUGUGUGUGUGUGUGUGUGUGUGUGUGUGUGUGUGUGUGUGUGUGCUGGUUGUAGAUGCCUCCUGUCAGCGGUGUUAUGGUGGUCUAUAAAUAUACAUAUAAAAUUGAGGGACUUGCCCAAAGGAAUACUUCGGUACUCUCUGUAGACUGUUUCCAUGUCACUGAUUGCCCACUCCUGCUCAGCGCAUUGACUCACCAGACCCUUGUUAUUCUGAGUUCUAUAAGAGAAGGAAGCAUAACUCUAUUUCACAGUUAUGGUUGUCCUUUACCAGAGUAUAAUAAGAAGGAUUAUUUGAAUGGACAGAUGAAAAGAGAGGAGAUUGAUAUUGUCUGGUCUGUGCUGCAGUACUGUUUAAGGAACUAAAUAAUUAACGUUGCAGUAACACAAAAGGUGCCUGACAUGUAAGGGAAUGUGGCCGUAUUGGCAUUACUGUUGAAUUGUAAUAUAUUAAUUUUUAUCAGAUAUCUGGUUUUAUACUGUAAGCAGAGUAAAAGUCUCAUUGAAGAAAAAGCUUUAAAGAUCAUAUUAACCCCUUCAGUACUGGGACAUAUUUCUACCUUGAGGUUUGUGUAUGAUUAGACCAUUUUAUUGACAUUAGGAAGGGUCUAUGGUGGUCAGAAGGUUACUGGCCAGAUUCUUAACUUUUUUAAUUCCCUCAUGUAUUUCUGGAGCUGUAGAAAAUCGCCAAGUACUAAGCAAACUAAAUAUGAAAACGCGCCCUGGUACUGAAGGGGUUAAAGACUGGAAUGUUACCAAACUUUUGACUACAACUGUAUAUGACUUGACCAGCCUUGACUCUCUGGCUAACACCACACACAGAUCAAAAUAGCAAGGGUCUAUUACAGCCUUAAUAUUAAAGACGUUUGCCAAAUUCUUAACUUCAGGAAGAAACUAACAUAAUCUCACGUGGUGUAAUUAUUAAGCUUGAAUCAUCACGGUAUGCACAUCACAUAUUUACAAAGGUUCUAUCUACGCACCACAAAGUACACUAUAAGCACCCAGAAUCAUAUGGUUCACAAACCUCGUACUCUGUGAUAAGUCCCCUGAAAGUGAAGGGAUAAUUUUAAGAGGGUGUGUCAGGGAAGGGAGGGAUGGUGAAUGAGGCAUAUUCUGAAGGGCAGGUGAAAAAUGAGUGUUUGAAUGAUGAAGUUAGUAUUCAUUUGUGAGUAGGAAGUCUGCAGGCAGGGCGAUAUGCUGUGGGCUGUCAUGAUGAGAGAGAGAGAGAGAGAGUGUGUCAUCACACAGCAUAAAAUAAAGCUUACACUGCAAUACAGAUUUCUUUACAAACUAGUGAGUAAGUUUGCAGAUAAGAGAUUGCUGUGGAAUAGAUGACGGAUGUGUGUAGAAGAUAAAGUUUAUAGCAGGUGUGUGGAUGUGUGGAGCUCUGUGGUGUUAGGGUUUGUAGUAAGUUAGCUUGGUGUCUUACUGGAGUAGAAUUAAUAGAAGGAACAUAACAAGAGUGAACUUUAGUGAAUUAAAGAGGACCAAGGGAUGGGUUGCACCUCUUAAAUGGAAGCUAUGCUAUAAGACAAAUGUUAAUGGUCUCAAAUUAGUGAAGUGAAAUGCAAUACAGUUAAUGUUUAGAAAGAGAGUCAUGGGAUAAUUUUCAGUUCUCUCAAGGCAAGGCUCACUUCUCACUGCAUGUUUCACACAUCUAUCUGGAGACCAUGCAUUGUCGGUGGUGUUGGCUGUUGCUGCUGUGUAAAUGUCAACAGCACUCCAGCAUCAUGGAUGGAUAUUUAGCAGCCCAUUUGACUUUUAUGUCAUUGAAUGACACCACUGAUGACACUCUGUCUCCAGAUGGACACACCAAACAUGUAGUUAGAAGCAAGCCUAAGUAAAUUAGUGAAAUGGAGAAGUGCCAGACUCACUCAUUUUUGUGUUCCCUGGAGAAUGAACCAAGAGGUACAAGUAGAUGAGGUGAUGUAGGAAUAGUUAGUAAUGUAAAGUACUAAGUUACAUGUGGUGAAGUAGGUCUGGCAAAGCACCAAUUGUAAGAUCUCCAGUUCCUUGCAAGAAUGUAGGAAAUCAUAAUACAGUAACUUAAACAGGUCUUUGAGUCAACACACUAAAUGAGAAUGCUGUGCCAGAUUUCAUUAAUCUUUAGUGUCCCAGGCUGGCGUGGUGCUGUGUUAGUCCUGCCUCCCAACACCUCAUGUUCUAGAGAGACUGUCCCUGAGCAGAAAGGCUGGUGCUGUUUUAGUUUCCUUCCACCUGGCCCUGGGUUGUGAUAUUUCCUGCUGCUGCCUGGUAAGGGAUUCCUCCCUGAACAGACAGAGGUGUUUGUUGGUUCACUGUACACACACAUUGACUUAUCAUAAUUUGAUUUGUGGCUUUUUCACUUAACAUACUAUUUAAUGAAAUCGUAAGUAAGAGUAUUAUUACCAUGUGCAUAACUAUAUUUGAUGAUUAAUACCAAGCAUGCUCUUCUUAUUUGCAAGUAUUAAUCUGAUAUAGGUUAAUGCAUCUUUAUUCUGUCAAGUAAAGCUCAUGAACACAUUUUUGACAAAGCAUUUUGCCUUGCAGUAGUUUACCAGCAGUGUAUGGUACAUCUGUGUGUGUGUACAUUCCACUGGUUUGUUGGUGGAGCGAGUUACUUGUUACAUUGUUAUCUGUUACAUACUUUUAUAUUUCCUUUAUUAAUAAUUCUAUUGUACUGCAUAUUUUUGUGAUUCAACUGCAGAUUGUUUCAUCUAUUUUGUGACUUGACUUUAUUUCAUUUACUUUGUGACUCUACGACUGAUUAUACUUCAUCUAUUUUGUGAACUACCAAUGCUUUUAUUUCACCUAUGUUAUAUACUGGUUAUAUUUCAUGUACUAUAUUCUGACUCAACCAAUGAUUAUAUUUCCUGUAUUUUGUGACUACCACUUUGAUUAAAUGUUAUGUAUUUUUGUAAUUCUACUGUCCAAAUUAUAUUCCAUCUAUAGUUUAUGA